AGCCUUAUCACACCAGGACUGAAGAAAGCUGAGAGAGUAGUUUAGUAUCAUAAUUAAGCACUCUUUGAUUCUCAUUGGAUGAGUCAACCUGUUGCAUGUGCAACAGGAAAGUCAAUGAGGUGCACAGAGCAGAGACAAAGGGAUGAACUGGCCAUCUGGGUUGUACAGAAAAAGAGCAUAGGCAAAGCAAUACAAUCUUCAUCACAGCAUACAUUUUUGGCAACCUAAGGCUAACCUAGGGGUCAUAGAGAAGACAAGAAAUUUCUUCUUUUGCCGAAGCUCUUCUGAGGAUGGCUUCCCUCUUCCAACACCUGUGGGUGUUGCUAUGGAAGAACUGGCUGAGUGUCAAAAGGCAACCGCUUUGGUCUUUCACAUUAAUUUCUUUGCCUGUAUUUUCAUUCAUUCUUAUGGCUGUCAUUCGAAUACAAUUUCCUCCAGAAGCCCAAUCAAACUGUUACCUGGCCCCUCGGAAUCUUCCCAGCACAGGUUUCUUGCCAUUUCUCCAAACUGUGCUUUGCAGUUCUGAUGCCACAUGCAAAAGUGUACCAUAUACUCCUGAAGAUCUUUUGCCCAAAUUGAAUAUUUCACUCAAAAGCAGAAGACAGAGAAGUUCUGCUAGCCAGGCAGAGGAGAGAAGCCCAUCAUCCCAGAGUGCUGAUGUCCUCCAAAAUAGGAAUCAUCCAUUGGGGAUACUUGAUUCAACAUUCAAUCUGAAAGUUUUUAUUGAAAAUAUUUCAUCACCAACCAGCUAUGACAAAAUAUACUUGCUUAAUGAUAUUCUCACUUUAGCAGAGAAACAAAACUCUUCACAAUCAAACCUUAAAGUUGCUGUCUGUGAGGUUCUAUCAGUGAAUGCAUCUUUGCAAAGUCUCCUUUUGGAAACUCUUGGAACAAACAUCUAUCAGCCAUUGUGCCUCAACAACAUGUCUCUUCUGGAGUCAUUUUUUCAAGAACUCAGAACUCAUAUUUCAAAAUUACAGAAGGAUCCUUCUUACCAGAUGGGUUUUGUCCAGGAAGCUGGAUCAUUUUUAUCACUAAUCUCCCAAGUACAGAAUGAAACUUCUAUAUGGAACCUCCUCCUGAUGACUCCAGAUAUAAUUCAUGGUGCCACCGCAGUGAGAGACAUGGCUGAUACUCUUCACAGCAGGAAAAGGCUAUUUAUGAAGAGGGAUAAGAGUCACCAAAUGAUUUUAAAUAUGACCAGCUGGCUAUCUACUUUGAACUGUUCAGAACAAGAUAAAAAUAAUUUGGCAGUAAAUUACAUUUGUGAACAACCUGAUUUCUCGAAAAAGAUUCUGAUUUUAUUUGACAGAAUGAAAGUAGUUUUAAGGAAUCUUUUAGGUCUUGAUUUUGCUGAUGAAGAACUUAAGACUGGCCAUUUUUUAAAGGAUUUCAAAAGAAAUACAAAAUCUCAGAAUAGCUUGAAGAAAAUGCCAUUAUUUGAUUUAAAAGAAACUCAAAAUAUCCACAAUUUAAACAGGAACAUCAGGGAUAUCACAUUUUUAAAUAAUAUUAUUUUUAAAGCCAGAAAGGCAUGGCAAACUGUUAAAAUGGGUACUGUCCUCAAAUUCUUUUUCCUGCCUGAAAAAUAUAGAAAAUACUUAACUUCAGUGGAAGAAGUGCCAUCAUUAGUAAACUUUCUGCUUAAGCCUGCAACAACUGACAAUUUUCCUGAGAAGCUUUUGGAACUUCAGAAAAUCUUUAGUGUCAUAACAAAUAGCAGGACUAAUCAUAACUACCUAUUGAUCUCUUCCCUGACCAACCUGAUGCAGAAAAUCCAAAAUUCCAUUAAUGAAUCUCAGUGGAAUGAAUUCAACAUUUAUUGGCACAUUGUUGAAAAACUGAGGUCUGCAAAAUGGAGUGAUACAGACAUCCUUAUAUAUAGACAGAUUUUAGAUACAUUACAUGACAAUCUGUAUGUCAACCAUGAUAAUUUUGGACUUCCUUUGAAGAAAGAACUAGAGCAAAUGAUUAAAUUUGUAAAUCACUUAUUGAAAAAAUAUGAUGCAGGGAGCAUCAAGGGAACAAAUGUUUCAAUGGUUUUAAAUACUAUUUUGAAAAGUUUACAAGUGUUAGAGGACCUGGAGAAAAAGUACAUCAGCGAAUUCUUUAUUGUUAAUCCACUAAUGAAUACCAACAACGAAACUGUACAGAAAUUAUUUCAGUUAAUUAUGAAGGGUAUAGAGAUACUUUCUGAUCCCAGUCAGAUAGAAGCAUUUAAUAUUAACAAAACAGAUUCCCUUCUCAGAUUUUCACAAGCAUUAUCUUUACUGGAUUUAUAUAUGACUCCAGUGUGGCAUAAUUCUUCAAUACAAGCAAAAAUGUUGCAACUCUUGUAUUUAGCACCAAGCCUUCUUCAAAUGGAAAACAUUCAGGCUGACAACAGCCUCUCAGACUGCACUGUCAAAGAUUUCCACCUCAUUACAAUUGAAGUGUUUUUCAAUAAUGCCACACUAAAGGAAGCCUUAAGUAAAAGAAAAUGUAAUUUUCGUUUCUCUUCUCUGGAUUUUGAAAACCAAACAACCUAUCAUUAUAUGUUUACCCAAUUGUUUCAGCUUACAACAAAAAGUCUCAAACCAGCAUCACUUUUUGAAAUAAUCCAGGGAAACAAAAGGAAACACUUCGCAGGUGAAUUUCAGUGUCUCAUCAGAUUAUCAGAAGUUUCAUCCAGUUUUCUGUCUAAAUUAAUUGGACUCCAUAAAUACCAGAAUUCCUGGAUAGAAAAGAUUGAUAAAAAUCUAAAUGCCUUUCCUCUUGAUCUGUCUCAACAUAAUCUGACUUGCAGAGAACCAUUGCUUAGCAAUAUAAUUGACAAAAUUUCUGCUUUAUACAUUCAGAGUCCUUUUAUUUUUAAAGAAACAGUAGCAGAUAUUAAAAAUAUCCUGGAUAGCCCAUCAUUUUGGAAUCAAACAUUCGUGCCUUUUUUUUUGCUACAUAAUAAACAUCAAAAGAUUGUAGCAAAGAUUUUACAAAUGAGCAAAAGUGUUCAUCAAUCGAAAUGGAGUAAUUUUUCAGAGAUCUUGAGCGAGACCGUAGAAAUAUUGCACUCGAAACAGAAUGUGACAAAUACAAAGCAGUAUAUUCAACUGCUAGAAAUGUCCAGAAAAGCAGUAAUUCUUGUUGGCAUUGGAUUAGCCAACAAGGAAAAAGAAACAUACAAGCUUCUUGAAACUUUAAGCUGGGGCAUGAAAGUUUCUUCUUUAGAAGAGGUAUUAGAUAUGUUCAGAUUGUUCCUAAAUUCCAGUUCUGGCAUAGAUUAUAAAACUUAUUUUAGAAAAAAUAUGAAUACUUUUUUAUCACCUAACGAUGCUCUUUUUCAAAGACUUUUCUACAAUAAUCCUCCAGAACAAAUCAAACACAUAUUAAACAAAACUACAAGAAUGUUGAAUGAAUUGUUUUUAAAUUGGAUCAACUUAAAAUUUACAAUGAUAUGGAAAACUAUCCACAAGAUAAUAUCUAUAGCAACUACCCAAUUUCCAGUGGAAAUACCAUGGGCUUUUAAUUCAAAAGAAGAAAUUCCUUUGACAUCUUCAGACUUUUUUCUUAAAUCUUCAGUAAUAAAAGACAUUCUGAAACCAUUCCUCACCCCUCAGAAUAACUAUCAUAGUAAAACAAAUGUAAAUCUGAUUACUUAUCUUUCACAAUUAGUGCAAAGAAUCCAAAAUACCGCUAAAAAAUCCUGGUCAAAUGAGUUGAAGGCCUUUGUAAAUAUUCAUAGAGAACUACGGCCUGUAAUGUAUAGCUCACUUUUUUUAAGUACAUUAUAUAAACAUUUUUCUUUACUGAAUAAUGCUUCUGACCUUCAUUUUAACUCAGAACUGCAAGGAUUAGCUCAACUUUUACCCUACGUACUACCAAAAUAUAAUGAAGAAAACCCACAUAUUAACACUUCAGAACAAAUUAAUAUUGCUGUUAGGAAGCUGUUAUUUCAGCAAAGGUUUGUGCAUCAAUUUAUCAUCAGUCAAUUAGAAACCAUCCUCCCAUUGGCUAAUAAUAGCCACAAAAUCUUUGAAAAUAUUUAUGACAUAUUGAAUCAAGGAGCAAUGAUACUUUCUGACAGCAAAUUGGAAGAAACUGAGAAAGGAAAAAUUGCCACCUUGUAUGGUUUUUCACAAUUUCUGUUUCAAAAGGAGUUCAGUGAAUCUUUCUUAGGGGAUAGAAAUGAAACAAAAACAGUGGAUAUCUUAUAUUUAAUUCUAAGUCCAUUAUUACAUAGUUGGACCAACAAAAUGGGAGAGCCACAUAAUUGCAAUGCUCAAGAUAUAAUUCACAUAAUUUUUCAAAUGCUGUUUAGAAAUACCACUCUCUCUGAAGUACAUAACCCAAACCAUUGUGAACUGCUUUUCUCUUCUAUGGAUUUUGAAAAGAGAACAAAUCAAACAUUUAUUGACUUCUUCCUUUUCUCCAUAAAAAAUUUCCAGCAGACAAAAUUAACAAAUCUUUACCAAAAAAAUAAUGUGCAUUUUUCAAAUGAUUUAUUAUGCAUCAUCAAAUCACUACAAUUUUCUUCUGGCUUGCUUUUGAAAAUGAAUAUACUCUUUGAUUUCCAACAUCCUUGGAUACAGGAGAUGUAUGCAACUUUAGCAAAAAUUUCCAAACAAUUACCAUUAAUUAAUUCAACUUGUUUCAUCCCAGUUCUUGAUGGUAUAAAUGAUGUUACUUAUAACCCUUCAAAAAUUCCCUUGCUGUUUUCAGGUUAUGAAACACAAUAUUAUAUACAAAAUUUCAUUGACAAAUUAAUAGACUGGAAUGAGUUAGCAAUACUCUUUAAGCAGCUUCAAGAUUGUACAUAUUUGAACAUUCCUCUGAAUGAAGCCACACAAAAAAAUGAAGAUGAAAUCUCUAUUCCAUCUAAAAGCAAUUUUUCACAGAUUUGGGCUAUGUUGUCCAAAUGGUACCAUACAGAAACUGAGAAUGCAAGAUAUGGCUUUGAAAUGAUGGAGAAAGUUCUGGAUAACAACAAAUCAGUUCCAGAAAUAUUUAAUGUCAGUAUUUCUAUUUUAAAUCAUUUGGAUUUGCUAAAGGAGUUUAAAGCAAAUCCAGAUCCAAAUUUUCUGUCAAAAAGAACUAAGCUGCAAUAUAAAUUUGAUCGUAUUAGGCACCCUUUUCUGAUGAUUGCAGAAACAGUUCUAAACAAGACAUUUUGGAAGGAAUGGGAACAAGCGCAAUCUCCAAGCAAUUUGAUUGCACGGUUUCUGUUUUCAGAAUUUGAAAAUGUCUUCCUAAAAACAUCUCAUAAUAGUAACUUCUCAUCAUAUUUCAUUUGCAUAAUGAAUGUGUUUCAAGGGCCAGACGAUGAAUUAUCAGGAAAUGGUACUCUUCCUCCAAAAAUAAGAGAGCUAAAAGAAGUUCUUUUUAAUUCUCGAAGUCCUUUUGCCACAGUUCCAGAGAUUCUGAUGUUAAAACUAGCCCAUCUGCAAAACCUAACAUCACUCCUUUGUGAUUUCGAGAGCAUUAGAUGGUUGCAGCAAACAUGCCAGCUUGCUGAUGUUAGUUUUGCUGAGUUGUGCAGUCAAAGUGAAUUCCACAAGAAGCUUCUUCAUAGUAGAAACCAAAGUGAUAGUGCACUGUCCAAUUUAAUUAGCCACAGAAGACUCUUCCAAGAAUUUCAGGAAAUAAUUGUUGGGAAUCCCCAAAAGCUUCAGCAACACAUUAAGUGGUUACAAGAAAAUGUCCCUCAACUUAAAUAUUUCCGUGAUAACUUGAAGUAUAUUUCUUCUUUGACUUCAGUAAUGAAUAUCACUAAGUUUACACCACAUUCCAGAAAACAAGAUAUGGUCAUAGAUCUCUUCCGAAAUACUGAUGGCCUCAAGAAUGAUCUCAAAAAUAUUGUAGGAUUGUCUACCAAAAGUAUCAGUGCUUUCACAGAAAUGCCUCUUUCAGAAAACAAAACAAAGCUGAUAUUUCAAAUACUGAAGCUAGAGUCCUGUAAUACUGAUAUUGGUGAUGCUAAGCUGGAAAUUAUAGCAAAACAAUUCUGCAACUUCUCCAUUACAGAAAGGGCUUACAAGUCUUAUCUUUUGGGGAUCACAUUUCUGCGUUACUUAGAUGUCUACAAAUUCAUCUACAAGAUGCUUUUCCCUAAGGAAUUUCAAAUUCCUGUGGAUAAGGCAUUAGAAGUUCUGAGAGACUUGGAUCACUUGAGGAGGCAGCUUGUAUCAGAUGUUCAUCCGCUCUUAGAUGCAAUUCAUUCCCUGAAAAAGCUGAGGAUGGCAAGACAUGCACCACUUUCUAAGGCUUUAUUUGAGGCUGGCAAUCUAACAAUAAAUAACAGAGUGUUGGAAACUCUAUCAAAAACUUUCUGCAACCAUGACAUCACUCCCUUGUUUUUUGAAUCUCUGUUACCUGAUUUUGAGGAACAGAAUGUUCAUCAUUCUUCUACAGAUGAAGAUGAACAAGUUCAUCAUAUUAUGAAGAAAUAUAGUAUCCCAUCUGACACUACACCUUUCUGCAUAUCAUUGUUUCUGGACUUGGUUAAGACACCUUCUGGAGCUUUAAUUUGGUCUUUCUUAAAGCCAAUGGUGCGUGGACGGAUUCUGUAUUCUCCAGAUACUCCUGAAACACGUGCGAUCAUGGAAAAGUCCAAUUCAACAUUGAAACUGAUGGCUGAUUUAACACAAAAAGCCCAGGAGUGGUUGGACCGUUCACCAUUGCUCAUGGAUUCACUAACUAUAUUAAAUGACACUCUUCCAAUGUUGAAGAACACAUUGCAGAAUCCUUUUGUACAGGUUUUCAUCAAACUCAUGGUAAAGCUGGAUGCUGUUGAAUUGUUAAACCAAAUUAAUGAACUGGAUGAUAUACGUUUGGAACUACAGAAUAGCACUGAUAUAAUAAAUCAACUUAUUAUUUUAGCAAGACUAUCAGUAAAUAUUUCUUCAUGUGUGCUGCUUGAUCGCAUUCAGCCAGGCAAAACUGUAGAGGAAAUGGAGAUGAUGGCAAAAGAUCUGUUUCUGAGAAAUGAACUUUUUGCAAGUGUCAUUUUCAAAUUACCUUCAAAUGAGACAAGAAAACACGUAACACCUAGUGGACUUUCCCUUCCACCAUUAGUCAAUUAUACCAUCCGAAUGAGCAGCAAAAUUUCCCAAACAACGAAAAGAAUACGAGAAAAAGUUUGGACAGGGGGACCACAUAAUUCAGCCUCGCAAAGCCAAAUCUACAGUCGAGCAUUUGUCUACAUCCAAGAUAGCAUUGAUAGAGCAAUAAUUGAACUACAGACUGGGAAAAGUGCAGAAGACAUAGCUGUCCAAGUUCAGGCUACACCAUAUCCUUGUUAUAAUAAAGACAUGUUUCUGACUAGUGUGACCUACUCUCUUCCAUUUACAUUAAUGGCUGCUUGGAUACUUUUCAUUGCAUCUUUUGUGAAAAAGCUUGUUCAAGAAAAAGACCUGAGACUUUAUGAGUAUAUGAAGAUGAUGGGUGUAAAUUCCAGCAGCCAUUUCUUUGCUUGGUUCAUUGAAUGCAUCAUAUUUCUCCUGCUUACUAACAUAUUUCUUAUUUUUAUUCUCAAAUUUGGGAAUAUCCUUCCAAAAAUAAAUGUUACGAUCUUGUUCCUGUACGUUCUGGACUACAGUUUCUCCAUCAUAGCCAUGUGCUAUCUCAUUAGUGUUUUCUUCAACAAUACAAACAUUGCUGCUUUGGUUGGCUGCCUGGUCUACAUCCUGGCCUUUUUCCCCUUCAUUGUCCUACUAGUUGUUGAGAAUCAGAUGAGCCUCACCAUCAAGAGCCUACUGAGCCUUUUAUCUCCAACUGCAUUCAGCUAUGGAAGUCAGUAUAUUGCCCGUUACGAAGAACAAGGCAUUGGUCUGCAAUGGGAUAAUAUAAAUGUGUCACCAAUAUCAGGAGACAAUACUAAUUUUAGCUGGAUGUGCUGGUUAAUUCUGAUAGAUUCUUUUAUUUAUUUCAUUCUGGGCUGGUACAUCAGGAACGUUUUUCCAGGGAAAUACGGGAUGGCAGCUCCAUGGUAUUUUCCAUUCCUUCCAUCUUACUGGACUGAGCGCUAUGGUUAUUUUCCUUUGUUGAGUGAGAAGUUAACAGGCUAUCUUUUCACCAAUUUCUUCUUAAGAAAACAACCUGCUUUCCCGGAAAAGAUGUAUGUUCACAGUGCUUCACCCUCUAACAUUGAACCUGAACCCACUCAUCUCGAAGUGGGAGUUUCUCUCCAAGGAAUAACAAAGAUUUAUGAAUCCAAAGCUGCUGUUCAGAAUCUCAAUCUGAAUUUUUAUGAAGGAAAUAUCACCUCAUUGCUGGGUCAUAAUGGAGCUGGAAAAACUACCACAAUAUCUAUACUGACAGGUUUGUUUCCUGCUUCAUCUGGCACUAUAUUUGUUUAUGGCAAAGAUAUCAGAACUGAUCAAGAUUUCAUCAGGAAAAAUAUGGGAAUUUGCAUGCAGCACAAUGUAUUAUUUGAUUACCUCACCACAAAGGAGCAUCUGCUUUUAUAUGGCUAUAUCAAGGUGCCCCAAUGGAGCAAAGAAGAGUUACAGGAAGAAAUAGACCGGAUUUUGAAGGAAACUGGAUUAUACAACCAUCGUCACAAGUUGACAGGCUCUUUAUCAGGAGGGAUGAAGAGGAAGCUAUCUAUUUCAAUUGCUCUACUGGGAGGUUCAAAGGUUGUAAUUUUGGAUGAACCAACCACUGGAGUUGAUCCCUGUUCUAGGAGAGGCAUUUGGGAAAUCAUAUCAAAGAACAGAAAAGGCAGAACAAUCAUCCUUUCUACACAUCACUUGGAUGAAGCAGAGGUCUUAAGUGAUAGGAUUGCAUUCUUGGAACAUGGAGGUCUCAAAUGCUGUGGGUCCCCAUUCUACCUCAAGGAAACUUAUGGUAGUGGAUACCACCUGACACUUACUAAAGAAAAGAGCUCAGUUCUGAAUGUAGGAGAAUGCAAUACCUCUACUGUGACAGCCACAAUACAGGCUCAUCUUCCAGAAGCAUAUCUCAAAGAAGAUAUUGGUGGAGAACUUAUCUAUGUACUUCCUCCAUUUAACAAUAAAGUUUCUUUAUCCUAUCAGUCUCUUCUGAGAAACCUGGAUAGUAAUUUAAGUGAUCUACAUAUUGGCUGCUAUGGAAUUUCAGAUAGCACUGUAGAAGAAGUAUUUCUUAAUUUGACCAAAGAUUUUGCAAACGAUGAACAAACUGAGGCAGAGUUAUCUCAAGAGGGACCCAGUUUUAAUGUGGAUAAUGAUGGCUUGUCCAUGAACUCUAACAAUGUCUUUGAACCAGAUGAUGAAGUCCUGAUUAAGUCAGGAAAGCCAAACAAUCUUUCUCUCCUGCUGAGGAAGGCCACAGCAUUGUUCAUUAAACGUUUCCAUCACACUCGACGCGAUGUGAAAGGCUUUAUUGCUCAAGUUAUCCUUCCUGUGCUCUUUGUGACAGCUGCUAUGGGCCUGGGCACCUUGAGAACCAAGGUGGCAGAAUACCCAGCUCUCCAUCUCUCACCAGCCUUGUAUGGUUCUUCCGGCCAGUCAGACUUCUUUGGGAAUUUCAAUCAAACCACAGAUAUUUUGGUUGCUUCAUUGUUCUCUUUUCCUGGAAUAGAUAAUAUCUGCCUAAACAGAAGUAAUUUAACAUGUUUCAAGGAAGAUGUGGCUGAAAAGUGGAUAUUCAGUGGAAAUAAGAGUGAUCAGUAUACUGCCUGCAAUUGCACACUCAGUGGAGAGACUUGUCCAAAGCUGAACUUUUCACCCCCUCACAAGAGAACAUUCUCUUCCCGAACAAUAUAUAACCUUACUGGACAUGAUGUAGAAACUUAUCUUCUAGUUACUGCCAGAGAUUUUGUUCAAAAGAGAUAUGGUGGAUGGAGUUUUGGGCUGCCCUUGCCUAGUAAUCUCCGAUUUGAUAUAAACCCUGUACCUGCUAACAGAACAGUAACUAAGGUCUGGUAUAAUCCAGAAGGAUAUCAUAGCCUCCCAGUUUACCUUAACAGCUUGAAUAACUUCAUUCUCCAUGCUUACUUACCACAUGGAAACACCUCUGGAUAUGGCAUUUCUGUUGUUGCUCAUCCUUAUCCUGGUGGAGAGAGUCAGGAGCAAGCUAUGCUUAGUAGUUUACUGGAUAUCAUCGUGUCCAUGUCAGUCUUGAUUGGAUACUCCAUCACAACAGCUAGUUUUGUGCUUUACGUGGUCAAGGAACAUCAAACAAAGGCAAAACAGCUACAACAUAUCUCUGGCCUCGGUGUGACCAGCUACUGGGUGACUAACUUCAUUUAUGACAUGGUUUAUUUUCUGGUGCCUGUUAUACUCUCAGUGGGCGUUAUUUCAGCGUUUCAGAUACCAGCUUUCUUCAAUGACAAUAACCUGUUGGCUGUAUUCCUGCUUCUUUUUUUAUUUGGAUAUUCAACAUUUUCCUGGAUGUACUUGCUGGCUGGAAUCUUCAAGGAAACUGGGAUGGCCUUUAUUGUUUAUGUCUGCAUCAAUUUAUUCUUUGGUGUCAACACAAUCAUCUCCCAUUCAGUUGUUUUUUUACUUUCCCAAGAAAAAGCUACUGAUAAGGCCCUGCAUGAUCUUGCUGAAACAUUGAGACAUAUUUUCCUGAUAUUCCCACAAUUCUGUUUUGGUUAUGGGUUAAUCGAAUUAUCUCAGUAUCAUGCCCUGAUGGGUUUUUUGAAAGCCUAUGGAGUAGUUUACCCUGAUAAAACAUUUGAAUUGGACAGGACAACAUCCAAACUGCUUGGGAUGUUCAUUCAAGGAACUCUGUUUUUCACAGUCCGCCUCUUGCUUGAUGAUGGAACAAUUCAGAAAAUAUGGCAUAAAAUAUUACAAUUCUUAUUUAAUAAAUUGCAUGGUAAGUCUCCACUCUACCUUGAAGACAUUGUUGGGGAGGAAGACAAAGAUGUCCGAGCAGAAAGAGAGCGAGUGACACUGGGCUUGUCAGAUUGUGAUGUGUUGCAGCUCCAGAAUCUUUCCAAAAUCUACCAUCUUCCCUACAGAAGGAUUGUAGCAGUAAGAAAUGUCAACAUUGGAAUCCCAGCAGGAGAGUGCUUUGGCUUGCUUGGUGUGAAUGGGGCUGGGAAAACCACCAUUUUUAAAAUGUUGACAGGCGACAUUGGUCCAACUGAUGGAAGGCUACUGAUGCAAGAUGAAACUGGAUCCUUAAAUGAAAUUGAUGAUACACGCCGUUCACAAUUUGGAUACUGUCCUCAAGAAGAUGCUCUUGAUGAUUUGCUGACCGUUGAAGAACACAUGUAUUACUAUGCACGAUUACAUGGCAUCCCAGAGGAAGAUAUUAAAGGGAUUGUAUUUCACCUUCUUUAUCGACUUAAUCUCAUGCCUUACCGAUGUAGAAUUGCUUCUAUGUGCAGCUAUGGCACCAACAGAAAGUUAUCGACUGCUCUAGCCCUUCUGGGGAAACCAUCAGUUUUGCUAUUGGAUGAGCCGAGUUCUGGUAUGGAUCCUAAUGCAAAGAGGCAUUUAUGGAAAAUCAUCACCGAGGAAGUGCAGAACCAGUGUUCAGUGAUACUUACUUCACACAGCAUGGAAGAAUGUGAGGCUCUCUGCACACGCCUGGCUAUCAUGGUAAAUGGACAUUUCCAGUGCUUGGGUUCAUUGCAGCACAUAAAAAGCAGAUUUGGAAAAGGAUUCACUGUGAAGAUGCAUUUGAAUAACAGUGCAGACAACAUUGAGAAGCUGACUCUAUUUUUACAAACAAACUUUCCAAAUACAUAUUUAAGGGACCAUCAACUGAACAUGGUGGAAUAUCAUAUCCCAGUGUCUGCCGGAGGUGUAGCAAACAUAUUUCAACUUCUAGAAAUGAACAAAGCAGUUUUUGAAAUUAAACACUUCUCUGUGAGUCAAACAACUCUGGAAGAGGUUUUCAUCAACUUUGCUAAAGCUCAAGCUAGCCCUGAUAUUUCAGAUGCAAUCACCUGUACAAGUCCAGAAGCUUAAGGGAACAUUUAACUGCUAUACUAAAGCUUUAUGCCAAAACCUCUUGACUACUGUAUUAAAGAUUUUCUUUGCAAGUUAUUUUAUCCAUAUUGUACUCUAGACCAUGAAUCUAGGCCCUUCCCUUUAUAUCAGAUUGGUCUUUACUUCUUUCUCAAGUUUUUUUUUAUACGUAAACAAUACAUAGCAGAUACAAAUAUAUUUCUCAUCAUGUAUUUAUGAAAUUCUUUCCAUGCUCCAGUUCCAAGAAAUAUAUUCUCAGUGAAAAGAAGAGCUGCUUUGUGUUAAGGAAUAUAAACCAAAAGAUUGCUAUAGAGAGAGAUUAUGACAAUGUUAAAUAAAAAUAAAAUAAAUUGACUGCAUAAUCUGUUAAUUUCUCAUCUUUGUUUAGUUCUUGGCAAAAGGAAAUG